UUUCUUAAAAAGCACCGACUCGGCCCCACUUGCUCCACAGACGCGCCGAGCCGCCACGGAGAAGGGAAGACACAUCUUUAUUUCCUCGCUUUUUAUUAGCGGCAAAGUGGAAACGUGUCCAUUUCGGAGGGGUGGAUUGUGACAACCAUUUCCCUUUUUUUGAAAAAAAAAAUAGAAGUGGAUAUUCUUCAAACUCAACCUGGAUUAACUCAAGUGGCGUUAGAACAUCUUUUUAUUCACUUUUUCUUGUGUUUUUUUUUUAAUUGUUUCGAUAUGUUGUGGAAAUUAGCCGACAACGUCAAGUAUGAAGAUGACUGCGAGGAGAGACACGACGGAAGCAGCAAUGGCAACCCGCGGCUGCCUCACCUGCCGGCGGUCAGCCAACACCUCUACAGCCCGUCUCCCUCCCUCUCACACUCGGCCAGCUCGGACUUCCAGCCGCCUUACUUCCCUCCCCCGUACCAGCCCAUAUCCUACCCGCAGUCCGGCGACCAUUACUCCCACCUGGCCGACCCGUUCAGCAUCAACUCCAUACAUCAGUCGUCGCCGGCCUCCAACCAGCAGCAGUGGCCCGGGCGCCAGGGCCAGGAAGGCCUGGCGGGGCACGGCAGGAGCGGCCUGGCCGGCCAGAUCCUCGGUCUGGAGGGCGGAGGCUCCUCCGGGCUGAGGAGGGAAGGCUUCCGCCGGCCGGAGCUUCUUGGGCCGCACGCCCACGGCAUUGAGUCGUCGGUGAUGGGGGAGAACAUGGGCAUGCACGACAUGGGCCACGGGAUGGAGGACGUGCAGCACGUAGACGACCACAGUAUUAUCAUGGCAGAUCAGACCGUUAUCAAAAAAGUAUUAGGACUACGAGGGGGCAGGAGCCUUGAUCGCGUACAGAGGACUUGUUAUCAGGGGGGCAUCCUUGCGGGGCCUGUGACUCUCCCCAAAGGCAAUUCACUGGGCCUCCCCUUCCAGAAGGAGUCCCUGCUGGGCAUGGUGUCCAACCCCACCGAGGUGUUCUGCUCCGUCCCGGGUCGCCUGUCGCUGUUGAGCUCCACCUCCAAGUACAAGGUGACGGUCGCCGAGGUGCAGAGGCGACUUUCGCCGCCAGAGUGCCUGAACGCAUCGCUGCUGGGAGGAGUUUUACGCAGAGCCAAGUCGAAAAACGGCGGGCGCUCCCUGAGAGAAAAACUGGACAAAAUCGGGCUCAACCUGCCGGCAGGAAGAAGGAAGGCUGCCAACGUCACUUUACUUACCUCACUGGUGGAAGGUGAAGCGGUUCACUUAGCCAGAGACUUCGGUUACGUGUGCGAGACAGAGUUUCCCGCCAAAGCCAUUGCGGAGUACCUGGGCAGGCCUCACGUGGAACGCAAUGAGGUUAACUCGCGCAAGAACAUGCUCCUUGCUGCCAAGCAAAUCUGCAAGGAGUUCACCGACCUGCUCACCCAGGACCGCUCGCCGCUGGGCAACUCCCGGCCGGCGCCCAUCCUGGAGCCGGGCAUCCAGGGCUGCCUGACUCACUUCAGCCUCAUCAGCCACGGCUUCGGCUCGCCGGCCAUCUGCGCCGCCAUGACCUCGCUGCAGAACUACCUGAACGAGGCCCUCAAACAGGUGGACAAGAUGUACCUGAGCUCCGGCGACGACGGGGCGGGAGACGGCGGCAGCAAAGCCACCGACAAACUGGACAAGCACAGGAAAUGAGACGCUCUCCCCGCGCGGGUGGGGGGAAUCCGCGUAUGAACUCCGGGUUUCCGCCCCAUUUUUCUUUUGUACGAUCGCAACUUUGGGAGAACAUUUUUUUUUUAUUCCCUCCCUCCCCCCCUCCCUCCAGAGGACAUCAUUUCAAGAUGCUGUGAGCUCCCCUUCCUCCUCCUCCUCCUCCUGUCUGGAGGCAAAUCCUCUGAUUUCCUGCGUCUCAACACGACGGACCACUUUUUACGAGGAAAAAGACACAAUUCUCUCCCGUUUUAAAAAGGACAAAAAAAAAGAAGCUGAUUCACGUCAGGAUGGAUUCCGUGUUCCUGUGCUUUGCCGACCUCCAGAAACCUCGUCAGUGUUCACACAGAGGAUGCUGCCAUGUCUGAAAACUAGGGAUGGGCAUAGGAAGCCAUUCAGUCACGGGUUGUCGAACCCACACUGCAAAAAAAAAGUCAGUGUUCAAAAACAAGAAAAAAAAAAUUCAAAAAUGAGGGGUAUUUUAUUUGAACUAAGCAAAAUUAUCUGCCAAUAGAACAAGACAAUUCAUCUUGUCAAGACUUUCCAAAACAAGUCAAAUUAGCUAACCUCAAUGAACCCGAAAAUACCUUAAAACAACUACUGUAUAUUCUCACUAAUAACAAGUGCGCUUUUCUAGGUAGAAAAAAAUGGAGACCUUUUUUGCUCAAUAUUUUAAAAAAUGCUAGUUCCAUUAUCUUGACAUAAUGACAUCAUGAUUUUUUUUUUCAUGCUUGAAGUAGGGAUGUCCGAUAAUAUCGGCCUGAUAAAUGCGUUAAAAUGUAAUAUCGGAAAUUAUCGGUAUCGUUUUUUUUAUUAUCGGUAUCGUUUUUUUUUUGUUUUUGUUUUUUUAAUUAAAUCAACAUAAAAAACACAAGAUACACUUACAAUUAAUGCACCAACCCAAAAAACCUCCCUCAUUCACACAAAAGGGUUGUUUCUUUCUGUUAUUAAUAUUGUGGUUCCUACAUUAUAUAUCAAUAUAUAUCAAUACAGUCUGCAAGGGAUACAGUCCGUAAGCACACAUGAUUGUGCGUGCUGCUGCUCCACUAAUAGUACUAACCUUUAACAGUUAAUUUUACUCAUUUUCAUUAAUUACUAGUUUCUAUGU